AUGGCCUCCUGGUUAGGGGGCCUGGGCUCGGGGCUGGGCCAGUCCCUGGGGCAGGUAGGGGGCAGCUUGUCCUCCCUUACCGGCCAGAUCUCCAGCUUCACCAAAGACAUCCUGCUGGAUGGCACCGAGGAAGUGGGAGAACUCCAAGUAUCCAGUUCUAGGCUAAGAGAAAUAGAAAGUACUCAUGCAUCACAGAGAUUGGAGAAUGAGAGACUGAAGAAGGUUUGCAGUGAUCUAGAAGAAAAGCAUGAAGCAGCAGAGCUUCAAAUAAAGCAGUUGUCCAUAGAGUACCGAAAUCAGCUGCAGCAAAGAGAGGUUGAAAUCAGCCAUCUAAAAGCUAGACAGAAUGCACUACAGGAACAAUUGCAGAAGUUGCAGACAGCUGCUCAGUCAGCACAGUUAGGAGCUGGUGUUUUGCCACCAACCACUACAUCAGCUUCCUUUGUUCCAGUGGUUAGACAUCAUUCUUCAGGUUUUCAAGGGGAUGACAUGGACUUUGGAGAUGUAAUCUGGUCCCAGCAAGAAAUAAACAGAUUGUCCAAUGAAGUUUCUAGACUUGAAUCUGAGGUUGACCACUGGAUGCUGAUAGCACAGUCUUCCAGAGUACAAGGAACAAAUAAUGCUGAUCAAAGUGAAAUCUGCAAGCUGCAAAACAUUAUCAAAGAGCUGAAACAGAAUUUAAGUCAAGAUAUAGAUGAACAUCAGCAUGAGCUUUCAGUAUUACAGGAUGCACAUCGACAGAAACUAGCAGAGAUAAGUCGUCGGCACCGGGAGGAAUUAAGUGAAUAUGAGGAGCGAAUUGAAGAACUUGAAAAUCAGUUACAGCAAGGUGGUGCAGGCAUUGAAAUCACUGAUCAUUCUAAAAUUAGCGACCUGCAAAAGAACAUUCAAAUCCUACAAACUGAAAAACUAGAGGACACACAGAAUAUGAAGGAACUGGAGGAUAAAGUAAAAAAUUUAAAUGAGAAAUUAUCUUCAGUAGAAAAUGAGAACAAAAUCCUGCUGAACGAGAGAGAACUGGUAAAGGUGGAAAACAGCCAAAUAACACAAGAAUAUGAAAGACUGAAAUCUGAGUUUAUUAAGCUUCAAAAUUAUGUUGCAGAACAGGAGACCCUUCUGAAAGAACAGGGGAAAAAACUCCCACUGAUGACAUCGUCAGAGGAAGAAGUGCUCAGACUACAACAAGCACUGUUGGAUGCAGAAAAAGAAAUAAUGAGACUUAAUACCUUAAAUCAGGAAGAACUUCAGAAGAAACUGGCAAGUUUACAACAUAAAAAUGAGGAUAUUACAUCUGCGUCUAUUGAAGACACGAAUUUGGAAUUAAAUCAAUUACGGCAAGAGUUGGAAAGGAAGGAGAAUGAACUCAAAGAAAGUAUUACAGAAAGAGCAACACUAACAGCAGAAUUAGAAGAAUUGGACAAGCAGAAUCAAGAAACUAUGCAGCAUAUGAUUACCCUGAAAGAGCAGCUAUCAAAACAGCAUACAGAAGCUGAUAGUACCGUCAACCAGCUGAAACUUGACAUAGAUUUUGAAAGAAGGAAAGUGUCUGAAGUAGAAGCUGAGAAGAUGGAGAUGAGUAAGGAACUAGAAACCCAGAAAUCAAAAAUGAACCACUGUACAUUUGCACUUAAUGAUUUGCAUAUGAGUAAUCAGCAGCUUCAGCAUAACAUUAAGGAUUUACAAGAACAACUAAAGAAAUCCCAAGAUUGUAACUUGAAUAAUAAAAAGGAAAUUGCAGAAUUGAAGCAAAAUCUGAAACAAAAAGAGGAGGAACUUUCUGUUUCCCAGAAUGAGUUAACAAAGAUAAUUAAUCAAGAACCUAACAGUAACUCUCAAGAUCUUUCACUUAAAGAAAGAGAAGCAGAAAUUGCAAAACUAAAUAAAGACAUUUCAGAAAAUAAACAACUAAAUCAAAAUUUGGAGAAAUCAGUUUGUGAUCUUAAAAUGGAAAAUGGAAAGCUUCUGGCAGUCUGUGAAGAACUAAAACAGCAGUUGCAUGAAGCCUUUGCUGAGAAAAAUAAGGUUUCCCUGGAAAAAGAUACUAUGUUGGAGGCUUUGAAAAUGGAAAAAGGACAGUUGGAAACUGAAUUAAGCCAGACCGAAAAGCGGCUGUUGGAACAAGCACAAAAAUAUGAACAAACCAUUGAGGACCUGUCAAAUGCACGUAACAUGAACACCAAUGCAUUACAGCUUGAACAUGAGCGUCUAGUGAAAUGCAAUCAAGAGAGGGACUUUGAGAUAGCAGAACUCAAAAGAAACAUUGAGCAGAUGGAAGCCGACCAUGAAGAAACUAAAGAGAUGUUGACAACUAGCUUAGGAGGACAAAAGCAGUUGACAGAACUCAUAAAAGAGAAAGAGGUGUUUGUUGAAAAAUUUAAAAAUAGAGCUCUAGAGUUGCAACAGGAACUUGAGGAAUAUGUUAAGGAUUCCAAAAAUCAUGAGAUUUUAAGACAACAUUUAGAGGAAAAGGACAAAAGUCUUGCAGCCAUGAAAGAAGAAAACAAUCAUCUGAAAGAAGAGAUUGAAAGACUAAAGGACCAGCAAAGCAGAUCUCCACCUGUGGCUGAGCCUAAAACACUUGAUAUUAUUACUGAACUUGAAGCUGAGAUAACACAGUUACAUGUAAUAAAGAAUAAUCUUGAAGAGGAAAUAAAACUUCACAAAAAAACAAUUGAAGAUCAGAGUCAAAAUACUGUGCAACUUCAACAGUCUUUGCAGGAGCAUAAAAGGGAAAUAGAUGAGUCCAAAUUUCAGUAUGAGCAAAUGAAUGUCACACAUGAAAAGCUUUUCUUGGAGAAAGAUGAGGAAAUUAAAAGUUUGCAGAAAACAAUUGAACAAAUUAAAACUCAGUUGCACAAUGAGAGGCACGUCUUUCAGACAGACUCCUCUGAUCUCUUUCAAGAAACCAAAGCCCAGACACUUAAUGGAGAAAAUGGUAACGAAAAACAUGACUUGUCUAAGUCUGAAAUUGAAAGACUAGUAAAAGGCAUCAAAGAGAGAGAAAAGGAGAUUAAGCUUCUGAAUGAAAAGAAUGUCUUCUUAACUCAACAAAUUGAUCACUUGUCUAAAGAUCAAGUUGGUAAACUCACUCAGAUCAUCCAAGAGAAAGACUUUGAGUUACAAGCUCUCCAUGCAAGUAUUUCCUCUUCAUCAUAUAGACAGGAUGUUCUGUACCUUCGACAGCAACUGCAAGCCUAUGCCAUGGAAAGAGAACAGGUGCUGGCAGUUUUGAGUGAAAAAACUAGAGAAAACAGUCAGUUAAAAACAGAGUAUCAUAAAAUCAUGGAUAUGGUAGCAGCUAAGGAAACUGCUCUGAUGAAGUUGCAAGAAGAGAACCAAAAAUUAUCUAAUAGGUUUGAAAGUAGCAGCCAAGAUAUGUUUAGAGAGACUAUUCAGAAUUUGUCCCGUAUCAUUCGAGAGAAAGAUAUUGAAAUAGAUGCCUUGAGUCAAAAAUGCCAAACCUUAUUGACUGUCCUACAGACAUCCAACAUAGGUACUGACAGUGGGUCAGGAGGUGUUAACAGUAAUCAGUUUGAGGAGCUUUUACAAGAGCGUGACAAAUUAAAGCAACAAGUAAAGAAGAUGGAAGAGUGGAAGCAACAAGUAAUGACUACAGUCCAGAACAUGCAGCAUGAGUCAGCUCAUCUCCAAGAGGAGCUACACAAGCUUCAGGCACAAAUUUCAGUUGACAGUGAUAGCAGUUCUAAAUUACAGAUGGAUUAUAAUGGCUUGAUCCAGAGUUAUGAGCAGAAUGAGAAAAAAAUGAAAAGUUUUAGUCAGGAGUUAGCACAAGUUCAGCAUCGUAUAGGACAGCUUCAUAAUACCAAGGAUCUUCUUCUGGGAAAACUUGAUAUGGUAACACCGCCUCUGCUGAUGGCUUCUUCUGUUUCACAAGCAUCAGAUAUUCCAAGCAGUACUCCUCCUGAAAUAGUCAGUGAUGCGUCGAAACUCCUUCAACAGGAAUUGGAGCAGCUUAAAAAAAUGUUACAAGAAAAAGAUGUGACUAUCAGAAUUCUUAAGGAAAAUAAUCAAAGACUGUCUGAUUCCAUGGCUGCAACAUCAGAGUUAGAAAGAAAGGGACAAAAGGACACUGAUCCAGAGAUGAAGCAGAUAAAGGGAAAAUGUGAUGUUUUCCAGAAGUCACUUAGGGAAAAAGACCUUUUGAUUAAGUCUAAAAGUGAUCAGUUACUUUCUGUAAGUGAAAAUCUUAGUAACAAAGAAAAUGAAAAUGAGCUUUUAAAACAAGCCGUCACUAAUCUUAAAGAAAGAAACCUAAUUUUAGAAAUGGACAUCUGUAAGCUGAAAGAAGAAAAUGAAAAAAUAGUAGCAAGAUGCAGGGAGAAAGAAACCGAAUUCCGGGCAUUACAAGAGACUAACAUGCAAUUUUCAAUGAUGCUGAAAGAGAGAGAAUUUGAAUCCCACUCAAUAAAAGAAAAAGCUCUUGCCUUUGAAAAACUAUUGAAAGAAAAAGAACAGGGCAAGAUGGGGGAGUUGAAUCAUCUGUUAAAUGAAGUUAAGUCAAUGCAAGAAAAGGCUGUUUCUUUUCAGCAAGAAAGAGACCAAGUCAUGUUAGCACUCAAACAGAAACAAAUGGACAGCAGUGCCCUACAGAAUGAGGUGCAGCAUUUACGUGAUAAGGAGCAGCGUCUAAACCAGGAACUGGAGAGGUUGCGCAAUCACCUCUUAGAAAUGGAGGACUCCUAUACACAGGAAGCUUUAGCUGCAGAGGACCGAGAGACCAAGCUAAGAAAGAAGGUCAUGGUUUUGGAGGAAAAACUAGUAUCCUCUUCUACUGCAGUGGAAAAUGCCAGCCAUCAGGCUAGUCUGCAGGUGGAAUCCUUGCAAGAGCAGCUGAACCUAGUGUCCAGGCAGAGAGAUGAAACUUUGCUACAGCUUACCAUGUCACAGGAUCAGGUGAAACAGUAUGCACUGUCACUGGCCAACCUGCAGAUGGUACUAGAGCAAUUCCAGCAGGAGGAGAAAGCCAUGUAUUCAGCAGAACUAGAAAAACACCAAAAACAGACUGCAGAAUGGAAAAAAAAAGCUGAAAAGCUAGAAGGGAGGGUUGAGACUUUACAGGAAAGUUUAGAGGAAGCAAAUGCUGCCUUGGAUGCAGCAUCAAGGCUGACUGAGCAGUUGGAUCUCAAAGAGGAGCAAAUUGAGGACCUUAGGAAACAAGGUGAGAUCAAACAAGAAAUGUUAGAAGAUGCACAAAACAAACUAAUGAACCUUAUAAACAGCACAGAAGGGAAAGUGGACAAGGUCUUGAUGAGAAAUCUCUUCAUUGGGCAUUUUCAUACUCCAAAGAAUAAGCGUCAUGAGGUCUUAAGGUUAAUGGGAAGUAUUUUGGGGAUCAAAAAGGAAGAGCUAGAUCAGUUAUUGUCUGAAGACCAAAAAGGUGUUACCAGAUGGAUGACUGGUUGGCUUGGUGGAGGAGGAGCUGGAUCAAAGAGUGUCCCGAGCACACCUAUAAGACCAACUAAUCAAUCUGUUUUCAAUAGUUCUUUUUCAGAACUGUUUGUGAAGUUCCUUGAAACAGAAUCACGUCCAAACCUUCCCCUACCCACGCUCUCUGUUCAUGAUAUGAAACCUUUAGGAGCAGCAGGAAUUUGUAAUCCUAGUAGUACCAGAUCCAGCAGCCAUACAGAAACUACAGGCUCAGGAACCAGUAGAAGACCAGAUGCGAAUCCAUUCUUGGCACCCCGAUCUGCAGCAGUGCCCCUAAUCACCCCCACUUCUCUUGGAGCUGGUGGAUCGGGGCAUCUGCUUAUGAAAUCUAUUUCUGAUGCCUUGCCUACUUUUACACCACUGCCAGUGUUGCCUGAUGCCAGUGCUGGUGCUGUACUAAAAGACCUCUUGAAACAAUAG